AUGGGUAAUGUUCCUACAAAGUUAGAGGAACCUCAGAAUCCUUCUUCUCGUUUGAAAAGUAGUUCUUUUAGUAACUCCGUAAGUGGAAAUUCAGAUAUUACAGAUUCUCCAGGCUCUGGUAACGGAAGGUCAUCUUCCCAGACUAAACUGAAUAAUGCUAGAUCGAAAAAGAAGAAUGCGUCAUUAAGCAAUGGGCUAUUAAAAUCAACGACUAUAAGUUCAAGGAAAAAGGACCAACUGGACAGAGAACAGUUUAAAGAAGACCAUGCAGCUGAGUUGCUUGUAAAAUACUACGAAAGUGUGGAUGGUGGGUUUUUAGCACCCUUUGGUUGUUACUCGCUGGAAAAAUUGAAUUAUAAUCCAAAAAUCGUCAAGAAAUUAAUUAUAGAGAGAAAACUAGCUCCUUUUUAUACUCCUUUACAAGAUUUUAAUGAUAACUGGACGGAUGAGGAAUUGAUUAAAAUUAUAGAUGGCUUGCCUUUACAUGCUUCGUUUAACGAGUCGUUAGAAGAAUUCGAAGAUAUCCCAACUGGUGAUUUGAAAUCAAAAGAUUUCGAUUAUCUAAUUGAUUCAAGCAGCCUAAGUAAAAGAGAACAGAAAAAACUACAUUCAAAGAUUUUUAAAGCAAGACUUCAUAAGAAAAGAAUCGCUUGGCAGGAAAUGGAAAAUACAUAUUUCCUAGAGAAAAAGCUCUCAAACAAAAAUAUUCUAUCAAAAUCAAAGGACUCUUCUGAAGAUAUGAAUAAUCACAUUAGUAACAGCAGCAACGAUAUUUUAAAUAAUAUCGAUAUAAGUUUACCAAAUGAUGAUCUAAAGUUAUCUCUUUAUCAAUCUGGUAUUGAAUGUCCUAUUUGUUUCCUGUAUUAUCCAAAAAAUUUAAAUUAUUCAAAAUGUUGUCAACAACCAAUCUGCACAGAAUGUUUCGUACAGAUUAAAAGAGCACUACCGCAUUUCCCUCAUGAUGAUAAUGAACAUAAUAAUGAAGAUGAUUCCGAAAAAGACCCACACUUGUUAAUAUCAGAGCCAGCUAAUUGUCCUUACUGCGCUACUCCAAACUUCACAAUUAGUUAUUCCCCAAUAGCUUCGCGAAAGACGGGUAUAAAUGGCGUCAAACAAUUUUAUUAUAAACCUCCUAAAGCAAAUGAUGAUGCCAAUUUAUCUAAUAAUACUGCAAAGCCAGUGUAUCUGACGUCAGACACUAUUCGCCCGGAUUGGGAAGAUAAAUUGAACAAGGAAAGGUCACGUUUACAAAGAAGAGCCGCUAACGCUACAGCUAUCCAUGUCAGCAACCAAUUGAUAUCCCCUGGCCGUUCAGAGAACAACGAAAUUCCUUCGAAUCUUAAGGAAUUAGAGAAUCAGAUGAUAGAGCAGGCUAUAAAAUUGAGUUUACAAGACCGUAAGCAAAAUGAAAGUGGGUCAAGGAAGAAAUCUAGUAAAUAA